AUGAGCGGGCUUGCGUCCAAGCAGCAGUCGCUGAAGAUCUUCGAGAAAUUGAAGACAAAGCCAGCAAACAAGAUCUGCUUCGAUUGUGGACAGAAGAACCCAACAUGGACCUCCGUACCCUUCGGCAUCUACCUCUGCCUUGACUGCUCGUCAAACCAUCGGAACCUCGGUGUCCACAUCUCCUUUGUUCGAUCUACCAACCUCGACCAGUGGCAAUGGGACCAGCUCCGUGUCAUGAAGGUUGGCGGAAACGAGUCCGCCACCAAGUUCUUCCAGCAGAACGGCGGGACUGCCGCCCUGAACAGCAAGGAUCCAAAGACCAAGUAUCAGUCCAACGCUGCAACCAAGUACAAGGAAGAACUCAAGAAGCGGGCAGCUAGGGACGCCCAAGAGUAUCCUGGUGAGGUUGUCAUUACCGACGGCGAUACUGCUGACGGCACCUCCACACCGGCCGGGGAGCCAGAUGACGAUUUCUUCUCCUCUUGGGACAAGCCGUCCAUCAAAAAACCCACCCCGCCUGUAUCCCGAACCGGCACCCCGUCUGUCAUCGGCCGCACUCCAUCUCCUUUCCUCAAGGCUGGUGAAGCGAAUGGCUCCGGAAAGGAUAUCGCGCGCACUGCCUCGCCCCUCUCUCGAACCGACUCCGCCGACUCUAAGCCUGCUGCUAGCCGUAUAACACAUUCAGCAGCGCUGAAGAAGGGUCCAACCGGCGCUCGGAAGACGAACGUUCUGGGCGCAAAGAAGGCGGGCUCCAAGCUUGGCGCGAAGAAGGUCACAACUGCUGAUAUUGACUUCGAUGAGGCGGAGAAGAAGGCUAGGGAGGAAGCAGAGCGCAUCGAGAAGCUGGGCUACAACCCCGACGAGGAGGAGGCCGAAGCCAAGAAAGCCGGUGCCACUAAGAGCGACUCCAGCAACAUUGUCGCCCCCACUCCCGUCAGCCCGCCACGCGGAGGUUACGGUUCGGCAUCUCACACGCGCGAGAAGUCCGCCUCGGAAAUGGAGAGGCUAGGUAUGGGCAUGGGCCGUCUGGGCUUCGGUCAAAUCGGGGGCAACAAACCUGCAGCGCAAAAGAAAGCGGUCGGUGGCUUUGGGUCUGUCGGGCCUAUCAAGGCGUCUUCCUCUAAUGACGAUGGGGAGAACUACGCACGAAGCAAAUUUGGGAACCAGAAGGGUAUCUCAUCUGACGAGUUCUUCGGCAAGGGUUCGUUCGACCCAUCUGCUCAAGCCGAGGCCAAGACCCGUCUACAAGGCUUCGAGGGCGCCACGGCUAUAUCGUCCAAUGCCUACUUUGGCCGACCAGAGGAAGAGGACAACGGUGAAGAUUAUGGCGACCUGGAGAGUGCUGCCAAGGACUUCGUUCGAAAAUUCGGCAUCACCGCCGGCGAUGACCUGGAAAACCUGACCCAGGUUCUGGGAGAGGGCGCGACCAAGCUUCAGGGCGCUAUUCGAAGCUACUUGGGCAACUGA